AUGUAUGGUCGUGACUUUUAUACAUUUGCAAACCAGGAUGCUGUGCCAACAGCUAUCAUCAACAUCAUUCACACCAUCUUGAAGUCCUGGGAUCAAGCCAAGACCGACUACAAAUACAUCUCCGCAUUUGCUCCUGACGGAGUGCUGCAUGUCGCCCCUCUGCCAACUCAAGGAGAGGAAGCACUCAAGAAGAUCCACGACGACAUGAUCAACCCAACCAACGGUCCUGUCAUCAACCUCCAACACUACCUCGACCGUGUUUACAUCAUGCCGGGAAGCAUGGACGGGAAAACCGAGGCUGUCUUCAACGGGAAACUGACCAGCCACCUUUUGAAUGGGAAGAGUGUGACAACGGAUUUCGCAACCAGGCUGAUCUUGGUGGAUGUUAAUGGCGAACUGAAGGCAGAGUUGGUAAGGAUUUAUUCCGAUACCUCUGCAUUGAUGAGUGAGAUGGUCCGCAUGGCCACAGCAGCAACAUGA